AUGCUGUCUCCACAAGAGGUAGCGGAAGACGAGACCAUCUUCCGUCCGGAUGGGUUCAUCAAGUUUCCGCGCUCGGAUGGAGAUCCGCUCUACAACCCGCCAAAUACCGAAGUGCCUCCCAAAUCAGACAAGGAGGUCAACUACUACCAUGUCUUCUCGCGCGAGGAGAAGAGGCACGACACCUGGCGUGGUGCACUCGGCGAACAGCUGGCGCAGCACUUUAAGCUCGACACGCUCUCCCGCUCCAAAGCCAAGUGGAAGCUCUACGACUUUCCGGAGAACUACGCCUUCACAGAGCAACGCAAGGGCCCAGCAUACGAACCACGCACAGACCCUUACCUGUUCGGCAGCCAAGGGCAUCGCUUCCGCUCGACCAGGGAAGCUCUCGAACAUUUCAUCUGGCUCCUCUCCGAUCCAGACAUGAACGUCGCCAACUGCCGAUGCAAGUACUGCCACAAGGGUCCACGUGCCUCCCCAGGUGGCGAUGGUACACCGAAAAAGGCCGGCGUCAAGCGAAAGGGCGAACCGCUCAGCGCAUCCAGUGCCGCUCAAGCCGGUCGUCGUGGCAGAAAGUCCCAGAACGGAGAUGGUGUCGAGGUGGUGCAGUCACAAACCGCGAUCACGGUGCGCGGCGUCGAGAUGACUCGGCUCGUACCGGGACACACCAUCGCUUCCGUGCCUCAGCGCGACCAGGAGACGUCGCAUGCGCUCAAACGGGGUGAAAAGGAACGAUUCCGAGUCGGCGAGGUAGCUUGGUGCACGCUCGACGAGCCAGUGGUCGAUCCUUCCAAUGCGGAAAGGCAGAUCAAGAUCUGGCCUGUGGUCUUCGUGGACCCCAGCUUGGACUUCAAAACCACGCUCGGCUACGACCCGAACGACGACGACGAUAAGCAAAAGUCGAGCCUGGAAGCGGUCUCUGCUCCGAGCAAGCGUGCCGCAUCGCCGCGCGCAAUGGGUGCUGUCGGUGCGGUGGAGCAGUCCAUGGCGUACCAUGUGAAUCUUUUCGGCACGACGGAGAAGGCAAAGGUAUCCGAGGCCUCGUUGACGCCCUUUCUGGCCGGAUUCAUUCCGGACGGUUCUCUGCUCGAGAGCGAUCUGGGUUCGCGCGAAGACCAUCAGUGGUUGUUCAGCAAUGACGAAUUCCCACAUCUCAACCUGUCGAGGCAGCCCGGCCUUGCCGCUCCCGAUUUCACGAGAGCGAUCGUCACGUGGGGUUUCGCCAUCGAGGCAGCGGCGGUGCUGCGCAACCUGUACAAUGUAACGGACGCGUAUUCGGGAUCGGAUACUCCGCAGGGGGUGUUGCGCGAUCUCGGCGGCAUAGCAGCUGACGGUGACGCUCAAUCGACGCUCGGCAUGCGAUACUACCAAGGCAUCUACUUUGGAUUGGAGCGACUAUGGGUGGGCGACGUGGUACGACUCAAACUGUCGAGGAGCGACAUCAAGAAGCUGCAGCAACAGCUCAACGCAGCGCUGGUGGCAGAGACGCAACCGGGCGCACCGGAAGCCAAAGCGAUUGUUCUGGAUGAAGAAGGAUCGUACGUGCUACAGCUUGCGGCGAUCUACGAGGACCCACGCGCACCCAAGACGAUCCGUGUUGCGGGCGAGAUCUACCAGGUGAUGCCGCAGGCCAAGUACAACGCGAUCAAAGCCGACGUCGAGGCGAGCAUCAAGAAGCUCGAAUCGGACGACAGCCUCGACGCGGCUGCCAGGCAGGAAGAAGCCAAGCAGCUCGAAGCUCGCCUUCCCCAACCCAGCAUCCUCGCCGGCAAGCCCGGGUUCCCACCCAUGCCGCCGCUCCCCGCCGGAUUCGUCAUGAUCUCGCUCAACGAUCGCCUCCAGACGCGCAUCCCACGCGAGACGACGCUCACCAUCAGCCACGUGGCAGGCAGGAUGUACCCUUCGCUCGGCAUGCAUUCCGACGGACCGCGCGUAGCCGAGCAGAUCAAGGCGGGACCGACGGAUCGGAAGUCGGCGGCGGACGAGGAUACGCAGGUGGAGCUGCGCGCGCGGUUGAGCGUGGCAGGUCUGCUGUCGGGAUGUGUCAAGGCGAUGAGGGGCAAUGUGCUUGCGUGGACGCGGACGGCGAGCUUCAAGGCGGCGCUGGCGUUGGCGAAGAAGAAGAUGAGUAUGAUCAUUACGGGUGAAUUCGACGAUUCGGAUAUGGAGGAGAUGCUGGAUGCGUCUCCGAGCAAGACGGCGGGUGGUAAGAAGGGGAAGGGUUCCGCCGCGGCGGGGGAGACACCUGCAAAGGCGAGCAAUGGGGUUGAGGUGUCGAAUGGAGCGACUGCUGCGACCGAGCUCGCGGGCUCAGCAGCGAGCGGCACGAAUGCUCAACCAGGAACACUAGCAGCAGCGGCAGAUGCGGAAACGGGCGAGACGUCGCAAGACGAGCCACCGCUGGCACCAGGCUGGGUGCCACGAAAGUCGCGAAACCUCGGCAGCUACUACUACGUCCACACCGAGACCAAAAAGACGCAGUGGGAGAGGCCGACGCUGUAA